UAACUCAAGGAAAAAAGCCAAAUUGUCCAACUUGGUCUGAGUGAUAUGGUGUGAGUGAGAGGUUAGGUUCAAUUUAGUUAUUGUUGUAGUUAUAUUAUUUGGUUAUCAUAUCCCAUUUAACGUUAUUGUAUAAUUUAAAAUGGCACGGUUGGUCACUAAUUCCUUACAACUGUGUGUUUCUCAACUGAAAAUAUCCUCCAAAUUUCUUGAUUCUGGCAAGUCUCCUUGUGUACAAUGUAUAAGGUGUUACAGACCAAGGAAACCUUUUUGGUUACCCAUGGCAAAAUCUAAAAUGUUUAGAAUUACCAAAAAGCCAUCUAUUCCAACUGAGGAACGGAUUGAACUUGAACGCCUCUACAAUGUUUGGAGAACUAAUGUGAAAUCAAUACAACAUCAUUUCAAGGAACAAUUAAUGGCUCAGACAACAGGUCCUGAGGUUAUAGAAGAGAGGCGACAGAGAGCCUUAGAACAACAAGCGAACUGUGUAAGAGAGAACGAUCUCUGGAAUGCUGAAGUAGCCAAACUCAGAGAAGAGAGACUGGCAAGAGACGCUGCCCUACGUGAGAAGGAGAUCCAAGCUGCAUUAGCUCAGCAUGAGAGGAAACAAAAGGCCUUGAUGGAACUGAUCGAUGAUAAUGUCCGAAAAGAAAAGGAAGCUGCAAAGACUUACAUAACGCCUGAAAAUAUUGAUGAGGCUAUUGAAAAUGCAUUGUCAAGUAUAGUGGACCACAAUUUUUGCAUUGACAGAGAAGGCAAUAUCUUCAAGGGGCGGUAUGGCAAACCCCCCACCUCACCAACAGACAAGAAACCAACCAUGUCGCAUGCUUCACCCGAGAGACAAAAUACUCAGGCAGUAGAAGCUAGUAGUUAGAUUACUGUAUUAUGUAGUUUAUCAAAACAAUAUGUCAAUAAACAAGUGCUGAAGAAUUGUAGAAAAA